AUGCCUAAGCUGGACCAAGUCCCUACCUCGGUCACCCUAUCUGCGGAGCAAUUUGAGAAGCUCUACCUAAAUCCCAUGAUGCAUCGCCAGUCACCGCUGACCAGGAAGCUGGGGAACCCGACUCCACUGGCACUGGGGGCCUUCGUUGUCACUGCAACACCACUCUCAUGCUGCCUGAUGGAAUGGAGAGGAGCCGGUGGGGGCGGCGCUGCAUUCACCGGAGUUUUAAUUCUUUUUGGAGGAUUACUCCUGAUCAUAUCUAGCAUCCUGGAAUUUGUCAUCGGAAACACAUUUCCUUCCGUGGUAUUUGGUCACCUCGGUGCAUUCUGCUUGGCUUUCGGUGCUACUAUGACUCCGGCAUACAAUGCUGCAGCUCCUUACUCUGAAACGAUGACCGACACUAUUGCAGGGCUACACAGCCCGGGAUUCCUGAACACCUUCGCAUUCUUCCUGGUCUCCAUGGCUCUACUGAUGCUCAUUUAUGCGAUAUGUGCUCUUCGCACGAAUCUGAUAUUUUUGGUUAUGUUCAUAGCCAUGAUUUUUUGCUUCUCGCUUCUGGCUGCCGCCUAUUGGCGAAUGGCUCUCGGGGAUCUCCUAAUCAGUAACCGGUUGUCAGUAGCUGGCGGUGCAAUUCUGUUCGCAGUUGCAAUGCUUGGCUUCUAUCUGUUGGCAGCACAGUUAUUUGAUUCGGUGGGCCUGUCUUUAUCCCUGCCAAUUGGAGACUUGAGUCACUUGUGGGACCGGAAAGAGAUCGGUGAGUAUGAGUAUCCUGCGGCAGGUGGUGACCCACGUUAA